GUAUAUAAACAUUACACAAGGGCAUUCAAGAGCGGCCCAAUUUGAGAAAGCAAAACAAAUUCAAAAUUCAAAAAAUGUCAUCGAAAAGUGACGUCAAGGGUUUCUACCGUCAGAAGAAGAAGUCCGGCGGUAUCACUAAGCCGGUGGCCGGCAAAUCUGCGAAAGCGUCGCCGUCGUUGGCUAAGCACGCUGCUACUUUUGGAUCUAACGUCGUUCAGCCUCCUGCUCUCGUCACUCACGGCGGCGCUCUCGAUCUCAAAGAUAAUUAUGAUGGAAGCGAAGAGGUGUUGAGGCAAUUUGACAUGAACAUGGCGUAUGGUCCAUGCAUUGGGAUGAGUAGAGUUGCUAGGUGGGAGCGGGCCAGUAAGCUUGGUUUGAAUCCUCCCGGUGAUGUGGGAAUGCUCCUUAAAAGCGGCAAAGUUGGAGGCGAAUCUUUGUGGGAUGGUCGCGUCUGAUUAGGUACUUGGUAGCAAGUGUUUGAUGCUGUUACUGGAGUAUGCAUCCUUUUGUGGUUUAGCUUGGCCUGUUUGUUUAUUACUCUAUGUAUUGUCCAGUGUCUAGCUGGGCAACUAGCCUUAGUUUGACUGUUUCAGUAAUGUUUGGUUACUGUUAUUAAGCUUAAUUUUACUGUUAAGGCUCUUGUUAACAAAUUUCUAAUAUUAAUGUUGAUCUUUUUAUUUUAGACAA